AUAAGUUCAUUAACAAUAUUUAAAAAAAAAAUCCAUCUGACUAUUCAUCAUCUAACCAAAAAUCAUCUUUUUGAAUGUGUAUUUAAAAAUAAGACGACCUAGAUCCAGAUCUGUUUAUCAUUGUGUUGUGGUUGUUGUUGUGCAUCAUCAUAUUAAUCUGUUACUGUUUAAUUCUUAUAACAUUUAUUAUUGAUUAUUAACCUUUGAAAUUUAUAUUGGACAAAAUGUGUGGAAUAUUUGCAUAUUUAAACUAUUUGGAACCGAAAACCCGUCGGGAAAUUCUUGAAUUACUGAUAAAAGGUUUACAACGGCUCGAAUAUCGUGGCUAUGAUUCAGCGGGUGUUGCAUUUGAUCAAAACGAAAACAAUAUUGAAAUUAUUCGUUGCAAAGGAAAAGUACAAGCUCUAUCGGAUACUAUAUGGAAUCGUGAUGAUAUCGAUCUUGAUCAUCAAUAUCAGAUUCAUGUUGGUAUUGCUCAUACACGUUGGGCUACACAUGGUGCUCCAUCCGAUCUUAAUUCACAUCCACAACGAUCAGAUGAACAAAAUGAAUUCGUUGUUGUACAUAAUGGCAUUCUUACCAAUUAUAAGGAUAUCAAAAAAUUUUUGGAAAAGAAAAACUAUACUUUUGAAUCCGAAACGGAUACCGAAGUAAUUGUCAAAUUGCUUAAACAUUUACAUGAAACUUAUCCGAAAAUGAAAUUUCGUGAAUUGGUCGAACAAGUCAGCCAACAAUUGGAAGGUGCUUUUGCAAUCGUAUUGAAAAGUAAACAUUUUCCUGGCGAAUGUGUUGCCACUCGUCGUGGUAGUCCAUUAUUGGUUGGUAUUAAAACAAAAACAGAUCUUCUCAGCGAUCAUAUUCCAAUCAUUUAUAGUAACAAAGUUACCAAUCAUAAAUUAAUAACUCAAAUAUCAUUGAGUGGUGAUGAAACAGAAAUAAUACGUAGACCAAUUAGUAAACAAAGUAGUCUUAAUGUGGCUUUGGAUGAUAUUAUUAUUAAAGAACCAUCUGAAGAAUCAAAACAGUGCAAUGAUUCAAUGCAAGAUACACAUCGAUCUAAUUUGAUGAACAAUUCAUUGGUUGGAGGUAAAUUAGCACGUUCAAGUUCAACCACCGAAUUCGUACCGUGUGACGAUGGAAAAGUUGCCGAAUAUUUGUUUGCAUCUGAUGCGUCAGCCAUCAUUGAACAUACUAAUCGUGUCAUUUUCCUAGAAGAUGAUGAUGUUGCUUCCAUUGAAGAUGGUCGAUUGACCAUACAUCGAAUAAAACGAAAUCUAGACGGUGGAGAUUCAUUGACUCGUGAGAUUAUGACAUUGAAAAUGGAAAUUCAACAAAUCAUGAAAGGCAAUUAUAGCUCGUUCAUGCAAAAGGAAAUUUUCGAACAACCAGAAUCAGUGAUCAAUACUAUGCGUGGUCGUAUAAAUUUCGAAAAUGAAACUAUAGUUUUAGGAGGUAUCAAAGAAUUCAUACCUGAAAUUAAGCGUUGUCGUCGAUUGUUGUUGAUCGGAUGUGGCACCAGUUACCAUAGUAUCAUUGCGACUCGACAAAUUCUGGAAGAAUUAACCGAAUUGCCUGUCAUGAUUGAAUUAGCCAGUGAUUUCUUAGAUCGAAACACACCAAUAUUUCGUGAUGAUGUUUGUUUCUUUGUAUCACAAUCUGGUGAAACGGCUGAUACAUUGAUGGCUUUACGUUAUUGUAAACAAAGAAGUGCAUUGAUUGUUGGAAUUACCAAUACGGUCGGUAGUAGUAUUUGUCGUGAGAGUCAUUGUGGUGUGCAUAUCAAUGCUGGACCUGAAAUCGGUGUAGCUUCUACAAAAGCAUACACUAGCCAGGUCAUAUCAUUGGUCAUGUUUGCUUUGGUUAUGAGCGAAGAUCGAAUUUCAAUGCGGCCACGUCGAAGCGAAAUCAUUCAAGGAUUAAAAAAACUUCCUGAACAAAUCAAGCAAGUGCUUAAUUUAGACCAACAAGUGCUGGAAAUGUCCAAAGAAUUGUAUCAACAAAAAUCGCUAUUGCUUAUGGGUCGUGGAUGGAAUUAUUCGACUGUGUUGGAGGGUGCAUUAAAAAUCAAAGAAUUAACCUAUAUGCAUUCAGAAGGUAUCCUGGCUGGCGAAUUGAAACAUGGACCAUUGGCAUUGAUCGAUGAUCGAAUGCCUGUGUUAACUGUAAUCACACGAGAUUCAGUCUAUCCAAAAUGCAUGAAUGCAUUACAACAAGUUAUGGCACGUGGAGCAAAUCCUAUUUUGAUUGCUGAAGAAGAUGAUUUGGAAACGCAAAAAUAUUCCAAACGAGUGCUUCUCAUUCCGCAUACUGUAGAUUGUCUUCAAGGAAUAUUAUCGGUCAUUCCAAUGCAAUUACUUUCUUAUCAUAUUGCUGUUCUACGAAAAUGUGAUGUUGAUUGUCCACGAAAUCUGGCCAAAUCGGUUACCGUUGAAUAGAAAAAAAAUUGGAACAACUGUUCGACCAAAUAUUACACCUCUUCAAAAAAAAGCCAAAUUGACUCACAGAUUAUUGCAAAUGAGAAUUAUUUUCCAUUAAUAUUUAUUUUUACAACAAACCAUUUUUUUAAAUCUAUUCAUAUAAUUUAUUUUACUAUUAGUACAUAGAGAAAGAGAAUU